AGCUAACACUCCUCCGAGAAAGCUGCUGUGUUUCGGGGUUAGCAGAUAGUACCUGUUUAAAAGGGGCUGUGUAGGCUAGAUCAUUCGCUGGAAAUAUAAAUGUUUUAUGGUUGUUGGCAUGUAAGGGGGGAGGGGAUCUGUCUUUGUUGUCUUUUUUUGCUUCUUUGUGUGCGAGCAGUAGUAGAAGCUGUUUUCUGCGGACACUGUGCUGAAGCUGAACCAGCCAGGGAGUUUUAACUUAAGACUUAAGUUGACUUAACGCUUAGCCUAGGGAAUGAAGAGCUCGGAGGAGUCACGUAGCAUGAUAACAAUGCCGAUUUGUGUGCACGUAGGAUGAAAACCUUCUGCUAGUUCAACUUCGCUUUAGCAAAAUGUAAUACACGGCACCUCGUGACGCUCAGCCCUCUUAAUUUAUAAUAAACUCCCGAGUCCAGUGAAAUUUCAGCUAGGAGCCCAAGACGUACAACUUAAAAAUAUAUAUAUAUACAAAUGCAGAACCGUUACAGUUAGUGGCUUCCACAUUUGCGACGUUUUCAUUUUUUAUAUAAACAACAUUUGUGUACUCGUUUAAAAAAAUGAGUGCAAAACAACCUUUGCAUAGGUAUGCAUUUGUGUUUUAACCGGGAAAAUAAAAUAUUUAAACGGUGUGUGUCUAGGGUGGUAUUUUUAUUUAAAAUUCUAAAGUUCACGAGACAUGUGUAGUGAAAUGAAAGUGAAGAUUCAGUUUUUGUGUUGGGGAAACACCAGGCGAAGUUGCAGCAUUAGUGAAUCAAUGAUGGAUCGCAGGAGAACUCGGAGAACCCUGGCUACAGCAAUUCAGAGCCCAGAGAUUUCAAAUGCUCUGUGUGCUCACAGUCCUUCCCCAAGGAGAGUCAGCUGCAGCGCCACCUGCGGGACCAUGAAGUUAAUGACAAGCCUCACCGGUGCGACCAGUGUUCCAUGUCCUUCAACGUGGAGUUCAACCUGACCCUUCACAAGUCCACACAUGCAGCGCUGGACCCCACCUGCCCCAUGUGUCAGAAGAAGUUCUCGAGGGUUGCCAGUCUCAAAUCUCACAUCAUGCUCCACGAGAAAGAGGAGAACCUGAUCUGCUCUGAGUGUGGGGAUGAGUUUAUUCUGCAGAGCCAGCUGUCCAUGCACCUGGAGGAUCACCGCAAGGAGCUGACGGGCAACAAAGUCUACAGCUGCAAGCUCUGCAACAAGGAGUUCAAAAUCUCCUCUCAGCUCAAGGAGCACAUGAAGAGCCACUAUAAGAUGAGGCCAAUCAUUGGGACAUCAAGAAAUUACAAGAGGAACAUUGACAGGAGUGGCUUCACAAACAGGUGUCAGCACUGCGGGAAGACAUUCAAAAAACCCAGCCAGCUGGUCCGUCACAUCCGAAUCCACACUGGUGAACGGCCUUACAAAUGUACACACUGUGGGAAGGCAUUUAACCAGAAGGUGGUGCUGCAGACUCACAUGGUCAGACACACGGGAGAGAAGCCUCACUUCUGCAUGUUUUGCCCAGCAUCCUUCUCACAAAAGGGCAACCUGCAUUCACAUAUACAAAGGGUCCAUUCAGAGUCCAAGGGAGUUCCCUUGUUUCCUUGUAUGGACUGCAGCUGCGUGUUCAAGAAACUGGGUAGUCUGAACGCACACAUCAGCAAGAUGCACAUCUCUAUCAUAGAGACUUCCCAGCAAGCUCAGCAGCAGCACGCAGGAGCAGUGACGGGGCCCCCUGGCCCCGGAGUGGAGGGCACAGAGGGCGUGACCGAUGUCAUCCAGCAGCUGCUGGAGCUGUCCGAGCAGGUGACCGGGGAGAACAGCCAGGCGCAGCCCCCUGUGCAGAGCAUCAGCAUGGACCAAGGCAUCAACCAAGACAUCUUACAGCAAGCCUUGGAGAACAGUGGCCUGAGUGCCAUACCAGUGCAGACCCAUACCCAGAGCACUGCUGUGGUAAGCAGAACCCAGGGAGCCCCGUGCCAGGCCCAGGAACCCAUCUGCCCCCCUGCACCUGUCCAGCUCGACGCUACUAAGGAGCCCAGCCCAGACAAGGUUUUUCGGAAGGAAAAGAAGAGUGUUUACAAAAAACCCAUGCAAAUGCCAGGUUCCAUCCGGGAGGAGAAUGGUAUCCGGUGGCAUGUGUGUCCCUACUGCUCCAAGGAGUUCAAGAAGCCCAGCGACUUGGUCCGCCACAUCCGCAUUCACACGCACGAGAAGCCCUUCAAGUGCAAGCAGUGCUUCCGCGCCUUCGCCGUGAAGAGCACGCUCACCGCGCACAUGAAGACGCACACUGGCAUCAAGGCCUUCAAGUGCCAGUACUGCAUGAAGUGCUUCUCAACCUCCGGCAGCAUGAAGGUGCACCUGCGACUGCACACAGGUGUGCGGCCGUUUCCCUGUCCCCACUGUGAAAAGAUCUUCCGUACAUCCGGACACAGGAAGACUCACAUUGCCUCCCACUUCAAGAGCAUGCAGAUGAAGAAGCAGAAAUACCCCCGCAAGCCCCAGAAGAUCCGGGUGGUGAAGAACAGCCUUCCUCUGCCAGACAUUCCUCUUCAGGAGCCCAUCCUCAUCACUGACCUAGGUCUUAUACAGAGCCAGAACCCUCGCAAUAGCCUCUCGUUACAACAGUAUUUAGACAUCAUUGAAAGCGACCGGCCUUAUAAGUGUCACUUUUGCAGCAAAGCGUACAAGAAAUCUAGCCAUCUUAAACAACACGUCAGAUCGCACACAGGAGAACGGCCAUACAAGUGCCUGCAGUGCAGUAAAGGGUUUGCCUCCUCUGGUGUUCUCAAGGCCCACAUCCGCACACACUCCGGACUGAAGGCCUACAAGUGCUUGAUCUGUGACAGCACCUUCACCACCAGUGGCAGCCUGAGACGCCACAUGACGACCCACAGUGACCUCCGACCCUACAUGUGCCCUUACUGCCAGAAGACAUUUAAGUCCUCUCCAAACUGCAGGAAGCAUAUGAAAACUCAUAGGUACGAGUUGGCUCAGCAGCUUCAGCAGCCACAGCAGCCACCGCCGCCGCCCUCUCUGGAUGACCCCAUGGCCCCGCCGGCCGUCAGCGCGGAGAUUCAGGUGGAGAUCGAGGGGGAGGAGCUGCAGCAGCCCGCCGCUGUGAGCUCCGAGCAGGAGAACAUGCUGGGGCUCAGCCAGCCCCAGGUAGCUGGCCCCCAGCAGACUGGGCUGGAGCAGCAGCUGAGCGACCAACCGCUGGUGCAGGAUGAAGAUACCUUUGUGACAACCCAGCAUGCUCUACCUCAGAAUAUCAGCCAGUUUGAACCGCAGGCCAUAACCCAGCAAGCCUUUGACCAGCAGGCACUAACCCAAGGUUUUACCAUAGCGGACGGGUUCACCCAGCAGCCACCUUUCUCCGCGGUUCAGCAGCUUCAGGAUUCCAGCACGCUGGAGUCUCAGGCACUGUCCUCCAGUUACCACCAGCAGAACCUGCUGCAGGUCUCCGGUGCUGAGGUGACAAGUCGUCUACUUCAGGAGCCGCCUCAGAAUGACCUUCAGCUGCAGCCACAGAGGCCAGACUUCCAGGAGGAAAGUGAUGACAGCCACAAGAGGGCGUACAGGUGCUCAAUGUGUAACAAGGGCUUCAAGAAGUCCAGCCACCUGAAGCAGCACGUCCGCUCUCACACUGGAGAAAAGCCCUUUAGGUGUCACCUAUGUGGUCGAAGCUUUGUCUCAGCUGGAGUUCUCAAGUCUCAUUUAAACACACACACAGGUGUCAAGGCCUUCAAAUGCAAUGUUUGUGAUGCCUCGUUCACCACCAAUGGCAGCCUUAACAGACACAUGAUAAUACACAUGAAUAUGAAGCCCUUCAAGUGCCCCAUGUGUGACGAGACCUUUCGGACAACCCUGCUCUGCAGGAAACACAUGAAGAAAGAUCAUAUCGCAGGACCCAGAGUUUUGGGUGCGGAGGAAGAGGAAAAUGCAGAGAGGGUCGUGCUGAAGAGGAACCGGACGGGAAUCAUCACUUUCACCGAGGAGCAGACCGCGGAGCUCGCCAAGGCCGAGCCGCGGGAAGACGCCACGGUGUCAGAGAAGGUGCUUGCCCAGUCUGCCGCAGAGAGGGACCGCAUCAGCGAGAUCAAAGACAAGACGGUAGAGCUGGAGACAGAGCCCAAGUACGCCAACCGCUGCACCUACUGCCCCAAGAGUUUCAAGAAGCCCAGUGACCUGGUCAGACAUGUCCGCAUCCACACCGGAGAGAAGCCGUACAAGUGUGACGAGUGUGGGAAGCGGUUCACAGUGAAAUCCACUCUGGACUGUCACGUCAAGACGCACACAGGUCAGAAGCUUUUUAACUGCCACAUGUGCAACACAUCCUUUUCCACAAAAGGCAGUCUGAAAGUCCACAUGCGGCUUCACACAGGAUCCAAGCCUUUCAAGUGCCCUUUCUGUGAACUGCGCUUCCGAACCUCUGGUCACCGAAAAACCCACAUCCAGUGCCACUUCAAGUCUUCCUCUGAUGCCAAGAAGAACAAAAAGCCUGCUGAGAGGCAGCAGUCCGAGCCCCUGCCCCUGGUCAGCCUGCUCCAGACACCCUCUGGCGACCCCAGCGUCUUCAUCUCCAACAACCCUGUCCUGACUGGCCAGUUUGAACAGAAUCUCCUGCAGCAAGGCAUUGUGGGACAGGCCAUUCUUCCUGCUUCAAUGUCAACAGGUGGAGAUCUGACAGUGUCUCUUACAGAAGCUGGACUGGCCGCACUUGAAGGGAUUCAGCUACAGCUCACACCCACUAAUUUAGUGUGUCCCAAUGUCCAGAUCUCUGGCAUUGACACCAGCAACAUCAACAACAUAAUGCUGCAGAUAGACCCCAGCAUUUUGCAGCAGACUCUGCAACAGGGCAACCUCCUCUCCCAUCAGCUAACUGGAGACUCCACUCUGGCCCAGCAACCAGGGGCCCACCUGGUCACAGGGGACUCCUCCGUCCCGGCCAAUGUGGUGAUCCACCCGCUCACCAGCCUGUCCUUGCAGCCCACGGUCACCUCCGCGAGCAUGACCAUCAGUGGCCUGGCGGAGCAAGAUGCUGUUCUCACAACGAGCAGCAGCGGUUCUCAGGAUCUCUCCCAGGUCAUGACGUCCCAGAGCCUCGUGGCUUCUGCGAACGCUCAGCACGAGAUCACUCUGACAAUCAAUAAUUCCAGCUUCAGCCAGGUGUUGGCCCAGGCUUCCGGCUCAAAUCCCACCCCCUUGUCAGCAAGCCCUCAGGAAAUCACACUAACCAUAUCAGGUCAAGAUAUCAUCUCGCAGCAUGGUACAACAGGAAGUGCCGAGAUAAAUGGAGGCAUUAGAUUGACGUCUCCUAUCCCUACACAGCCAAAUGGUGCCAGUUUGACAAUAGGGAGUGACCAGCUUCUACCUCAGAGCCCAACUGGCACUGGAAUCACAGCAAGCAGCCUUCCCUCCAGCACAUCCCUGUCGCAAGCCCCGGUCACUUCCCAGAGCCUGGUAAUGUCUUCUGCUGGAGUGGGCACCGAUGGCAGUGUGACCCUCACCCUGGCAGACACACAGGGCAUGCUGUCAGAGAGCCUUGACACAGUCACCCUGAACAUCACUCAGCAGGGGCAGCAGUUCCCUGCCAUUCUCAGUGACCCCAGUCUCCAAGGGCAGACUGGUAACCCCUCCCAGCAAGUCAUACUUGUCAGCCACCCCCAACAAAGCACUGCAGGAGCCACAGAUGACAGCUUUCGGGUGCCAGAAGUGAGCAGACACCCCCUGAAGGACAGUGCAGUCGAGCCGUCCACCCAGUUGAACCAGUGCUUCUACUGCAACCAGGUGUUCCCCACCACCAUCAUGUUGAGGCGUCACUGCAGGCAGGCCCAUGGGAAGGAGAGGUGUCAUGUGUGUCGGGUCUGCAGCAAAGCUUUCAAGAGGGCAACCCACCUCAAGGAGCAUGAGCACAUUCACCAGCAGGGGCCCUCGCUGAGUUCUCAGAGGCCGAAGAUUUUCAAAUGUUCUUCCUGUGACAAGGCCUUCGCUAAACCUAGCCAGCUAGUGAGGCACAACAGGACUCAUACAGGGGAACGGCCAUUCCCCUGCCCUCAGUGCGACAAGGCCUUUAAUCAGAAGAGCGCCUUGCAGGUGCACAGGGUCAAGCACACCGGCGAGAAGCCAUACAAGUGUGAGGUGUGCAGCAUCGGCUUCACGCAGAAGAGCAACAUGAAGCUUCACAUGAAGAGGUCUCACAGCUACACUGGCGGCACCCAAGAGAUCACCAUUGACCAGGAACCAGAAGGGGACGAAGAGGAAAACCAGGAGCUGGACUUAGAGGAAGUGGUUCAGGAGACAUCAAAUGACUGGCAGUGUGGCAUCACAAAUGUAUUCCGAUAGCUUCCUAGCCUUCACCGAAGCGGCAGUCACUUCUUAUUUCUUGCGUGAUUUUCCAUUCUUCGCUCUUCUUCAGUUGAUGUCUCUCACGAUGGGUCACCGUUUCACCGAGAAUACUUUCUGAAAAGGGCUUUUCUGAGCACCCAGUUUCAGGAAACUCACAAAGGCCGUUGGUGUUGCACCAAGCCUGCUGGUAUUUUUUUUAAGCAACUGCUGAUAUAAUUCUCUCAUUCAGCGGUCUUUUUCAGAAGAUAUUAAAUGCCUUAGUGAGGUUUCAAUUCAAAUGUCAGUAGAAACAGCUGGGAGAAAAUCCGGCAAACCAGUGUGCAUCAUAAUGAGUUCGAAAGAUGUGACGUGUAAAAGAACAAAAUACUGCCAGUGAUUUUCGCUGCUUCUUCCAGACCUUGGCUUGAAAGAGCAGGGAGUGUCAUCUCUCUGAGAGCACCAGUGGAAUACCGCCUCUGCACAUCUGUGGAACUACCAACUCUGAGCAUACUGUUGAUAUGAUCACUUCCCUGAUUGUGGCCUUUUUCCUCAUUUGAGAUCAUAAAACCAUCUUGUGAAGAAAAAAAAAUAUUUUCAGUCUUCUGUGCAUCUUCUGGACAAAAGCAAACGAAAGGAAAUUUCAUAGACGCAGUUGUAUUACUUAAUGCAACUGGAAAUUCCAAGUUAGGUGGGAAUAUAAUGAAAAGUUUUAAAAAGUAAUAGUUUCCAUCACAUUCACAUUUUUACAUAAAAAAGAAUCGGAUGAAAAAAUGCUGAAUAAAUGAAGAGAAAAUGUAUGAAUGAAAUUGUUUUUUCAGUACUGUAAUUCCACUACAACUGGAUUUACCUCUGUGUUUUUCAUGAUCUUACUGAUAUCUGUGCUCUGUGGGCAUCAGGGAGAUCUGUCCAUUGUUAGUGUGUAACUUAGCCUGUAUGGGGUUUUUUGAAAAUAUAAUUGUUCAUCACACAUUACUAUUCAGAAUAGCUUCAGGUAGCAAAAAAUGUGACUCUUCAGACAUUCAGUAACCCAGGUAUUCCAAUACAAGAAAUGGAAAGCUAGAUCUUUUUUUUGCAGCAAGCUCUUGAAUCACUUGGAGUUUUGUCUCAGUGUUUUGGUUUAUCUUUAAGCAAAAAUGUAAGCUCAAGUUAGCAUUUUUUGCAGAAUGUAACACACAGCAUGAAUCCCAAAAGAAUGCCUUUUUUCUGCCUUUUUCCAAGCUUAUGUAUUGUCUGAUCUAGAGACAAGGACUUGAACAUCACUGUAGUGAUGUUUUGUUUCAUUGUUUUAGUCAUCUCCCAUUUUCUUAAAUAAUGCUGGAUGUUAAUUUGUUUUUUGGAAGAACAUGCAUGUGCAGCUUCAUCAGCUUUACUUUAAAGAGUAUAGUUUAUUUAACCUUUUGAAUGUCUUAUGGAAGAUGUUUUAUUUGUAUAUAGUGUAUAGUUGAGACAAAUAUUUCAAGUAAUUCCAUUGCAAAAUGAAGCUGUGGAUGAGAAGUAUUUUAUUUCUUUUUUCAUUUUAUUAUUUCUUAUUAGGUCAGUGUACAGAAUAUGACUUUGUAUAGUUUGUGAUGAAGUUAUUUUGUAAUGUAAAAGUAUUUAAGUGAAAAUAAAAGCAGU